GUGCGUACGUCGAGGCAGCGGCCGCUCUUCUGCGGUACACGAAGCAUCGCCUUGCAGCUUCCAAGCUUGCAGAAUAUUUGCUGAGCCAUCUGCAGAUGAAGCGUGGAUCUGUGCUCUUCCUUUUGCCUCCAAAAGGUUUCCACAGAGGAGGCUAUGUCUCGCGAAACAUGUUCUACGGUUUGCGAAAGAUUCUGGGGCCUGCAAGUGUUGUUGAUUAUCCCCACUUUGCUGAGAUGUAUGCAGCUCACGGCAGGACGGACAUGUCGACCACCGGGCUGCUUGACACCCCGGUCGCACGAUGGAAUUCCAGCCAAGUGGAAGAUCGGCUCAGAUCACGUGGGUUUGGUGCCGUGAUCUACAGCAACGCCCGAGCCCCUUUGCCGUUUUGGGAGCUCGUGGCGACAACGUAUGCUCCGGAGGAGGUCGCUUUCCUGGAUGGGUUCGACCACACAAAUGGCUCCACGAUUCUGCGUUUGGCGCCAUAUGGCAGGUAUUUCGUCCGUGAGAUGGAAGGUUGCCCAACAGGGCCUCAUGCCGUCAAGAUUGAUGCUGACGCCAGCGCGUCACGGGAAAAGGUCCGA